AAUAUGAAUUGAAAUAUGAUGGUAGCUCUCUCUUCUCUUUCUUUUUCUUCCAGAUUAUAUCGGAUGGGCAAUUACAAGAACUUCUUAAGUAGAAUAGCUUCUGAGGCGACAUACUUACAGUAUUGCAUAAGUGAACCUCAUAUUAGAGAGAUGCGAUCAGUCGCUGUCCAAUACAUAAACAGUGUUUGCUACAAGCUUCAACCGUAUCCUCUCUUGCGGUUAUCUCAGAACCUGAUGAUGAAGGAGCUGGAUGUUGAAUCUUUAUGUCAUGAUUGUGGUCUUGAGACAUGUACUGAUUCUGAUGGGUUCACUGUGUUAACCACGAAGCAGUCAACCUUUCGUAGUCCAGAGGACAAGUUCAAAGUUUAUGAUUUGAUUGGAAUGGAACGGAUGAAGAGGUAGUUGAACCUCUGGCUCGUCGUUUAUAUGAAAUGGUUAAUACUCUACAAAAAGAUAUUGUAUUCUAACAUACUUAAGUUACAUGACCUUAGGUAAUCAAAUAGUAUAAGUAUUUGUUUUUGCAAUGCUAUCCGCGUUUGUUACCUCCUUCUGAACCUUGAUGCCAAAGAUUUUUUUAUUUUUCAAGUACUCAAGAGUUCCUAAAUAUUUGUUUGAUAUUAAUA